GAUCAGCCUGACGAAUGAUGUCAUUACUAUGUCUCUGAAUUCUUUGUCUACAUACCUUUUCAUUUGUAUUUUCACAUGUGUAGUAUACAUACAUGUUAGAGGCAUAUAUUCGUACGGUUCGCAAGGGGUGUUAAUAGCAAAUACUGUUGAUGGUUCGUUCAUCGGCUUAGAUAUAAGAAGUGGAAAGUUGUUUUGGAAGAUAGAUGGCCCUCCUCUUGUUUCUCAGAGCUUGAGUGAUCUCCAGCUCAUAACAAAAACGAAAUCAUAUAGUAUUGUUCCUUCUCUUGAUGGCCAACUUUUUUUGAUGGAGAGAAAGCUGACAAAUGGCUCAGAUCUAUUAGGUGGUGCAUCACUUAAAGCAUUACCACUGAGCAUCGACUCUUUAUUCUCUUCAAAUUUUAUGCUCACUGAAGAUUCACUAUUAACUGGAGGACGAGAACAUUCAACAUUCGCUUUCAAUCCUAACAAUGGCAAAAUCAGAUAUAAUUGUACCCGUGAUGGGUGUACUAGUUCUGAUGUUGAUAAAAAGUUGGUUGAAGAACCUCCAAAUACAAACGAUCCUACCAUUAUAGUAUACAGAGUAAAUAACGUAGUCCGCGCUGUAAGUGCUCCAUCGGGGGUUGAAAAGUGGAAUUUGAGCGUUCAUCAAUACGAGCUUUGCCUGUUAACUGGUGGAAUUCCUACCCCAACUACUGCUGUGCAGAAGACUUCACCUAUUUGUAACUUACCUUUGGGUACUCCACAUGCUCAAAAAAAGUUUGUGGAUGAGUCAUUUAUUGAUAUGGAAGAACCGUAUUGGGAUAUUGGACUAGACAAACAUACAAUAACUGCAAGAACGAAAGGUUUACAGUCUGAAGAAAUAUGGUCCUACAACUUUAAAUCAAGGAUUUCAAAAGCUUGGAUUUAUCGUAGGGACCUACAAAACUUAAGACCAUUGUCAUUGUUUAUGUAUGACAGAGUUGCCUUACUAUUAAUUGAAAAGGUGAAUGAAUUGAAAAAAACAACUGCCAUUUCAAAUUUUGGAUCAUUAAAAGGAAAGGGCUUGAAUCUGUUCAAUGGGAAAUAUACUCUUUCCUCACCACGUAAACAAAAACCUAAAUGUCCAUCACGCGAUCGUCUUAUUUAUCUUGGCAGCUUAAAUGGUCAGCUAUAUGUUCAAACUGAAGAUGGUGUUGAUCUUCCCAAUCCGGAAACGAUAAAUCUGUCUAAAAGUUUAUCUAUACAUUCGGCUGAAUCACUGAAUAAUCGUCGUUCUGAUUUAACUGGCUACUAUCAAGCAUCCUAUUCAAAAUCACCCAAAUUAGAAAAAUAUACACAACCAUUUAUUUUAUAUGAUAGUGUUGAAGAAACAAUUGAAAAAGCUACCGCUUUAGGAUUUCCAAGUAAUGUGGGACAAUUCAAGCCUGUACAUGAUUUUCAACCGGAAACGAUACCUGAAAAGGCUUUAACUUCGACUGAUAUUGAAAUGAGUGACACUAGUGGUAUACCAGGACAAUUUCUUGACAGUGCAAACGAUUUACUUAUGCUCCUAUUACGUGCCAGUGAGAUUGCUGUAAAUCAUUCACCGUCUGGUAUUGAAAAUAGUAGGUCGUUAGGAUUUAAUCUGUCUGCACAUUUCAUGCAAUUGGUAGUUUUGACUGGAGUAAUUUAUUUCACGGCACAUUGGAUAAUGAAUGCGAGAAUUAACUAUGAUACACAGUUGAAAAACUAUUCGUUUCAGUCUGAGCCAUGUAAUUUGGAAUCAGUUGUUGUCAAAACACAUAGUUCAUCGGGAGACUUGUGUGAUUCACCAAAAUGUCCAUCAUGUUCAACUCCGAAUAACUUAACAACAAAUCCUUCAUGUCAGUCUCUGCUUAAUACUGUCAAUAUGCAACCACCUAGUUUUGUUUCAUCAUUUGAAACAGAUUUCAAGUAUAUACGUCGACUUGGACGUGGUGGUUUCGGUCAAGUGUUUGAAGUUGAAAAUCGUCUUGAUGGUUGUCGUUAUGCUAUCAAACGUAUUAAAAUGAACGAUACCGACGAUGAUAAAAAUAUAUUUUUACGAGAAGUAAAAGCUUUAGCUACACUUGACCAUCCAGGCAUUGUCCGCUACCAUCGGGCUUGGAAGGAAUAUCCUCCUGCUGGUUGGCAAGAGUCACAUGAUGAAUUAGUACUCGGUUUAUCUGACGACUUAACUUCCAGAAGCGGCGACUGUACAGAUUGUGGGAACAAUGAGAAUUGUCUAUCAAAUACUCUCUUUUCGUCAAAUAUCGAUUCGCGCCAUUCAAGUGUAUCGCUUUGCGUAGAUAAAAGCUCAAUAGGAUUGAAUGAGUCUCAUCACUCCAGCUAUCGAAAGCUUUCAAAAGCUUGUUUGGAUGACAGUCUUAUCGUUUUUGAUCAUCAAAUCAGUACUGAAACAUUUUCAUUAGAUGGUUCAAGCCUUGUAGAACAAUCCAUCAAAGAUAAAUCUAAAAAUGAAACUAAAUAUACAUGCUACUUGUACAUUCAAAUGCAAUUAUGUUCUCCAAUAAGUUUACGUGAUUGGCUUGUUUCUCAUAGUAUUCCAGAAUCACGUCCACCACGAGUUGAAUUGAUUUGUAUGUUUCGUCAAAUUGUUGAAGCUGUAGCUUAUUUACAUGAUCAUUCUUUAAUGCAUCGUGAUUUAAAACCUUCAAAUAUCCUGUUUGAUUUAACCAAUCGUCUUAAACUUGCAGAUUUUGGUUUAGUUACUUCUAUGGUUGAUGAUAAAUUAAAUCAAUCAGACAGCUCUUGUAUUAAUUGCAAUAAACAAGGGGAGCAGCCCUCAUGUCCUUCAGUGACUACUAUUGUAAAUGAUUUGAAUGGUGAAUCAGAGCAUAAUAAUAACAAUGCAAUUAUCGAUCGACAACUAUAUCCUUUGAAAGAAAUUAGCACUGCUCAACAAAAGCGUUCUGUAUUGACACGUAGACAUACUGAUCACGUGGGAACAGAUCUAUACAUGAGUCCUGAGCAAGAACGAGGGGAUAAUUAUAAUCAUAAAGUGGAUAUCUUUUCAUUGGGAUUGAUCUUUAUCGAAUUGUUGAUAAUAUUUAAUACAUCAAUGGAAAGAAUAUUUACAUUGACCCGAGCAAAACAUCAAAAACUUCCUAGGGAAUUUACAAUCUGUAAUCCAUUCGAACCCCUUUACUCUCAAAUCAAUGAAUUCGCAACUACAAGGCCUAAUUCUAGCUCGUCCUAUCAACUCUAUAUUGACUAAUUGUGCUGGUUUGCUUUAAAUGUUUUAAUUUGGAUUUGUAUAUUAUUCCAAUUCACAAUUAGUAUCGCUCACACUAUGGUAUGGAGUUCGAUUCUAUCAUUGUGUAUGUUCUUAACACUUGAUCAACUAAAGAGUUCAGAGUGAGAAGUCCAAUGUUUUAUGUAGAGCUUUUUUGUUCAAGGUAGGAUCGAUUUGAUUUUUAUAAAUACAUGCAGCCAUUGACCUUUGAUAGGUAAAUAUUUUGCUUAAAUUAAUCUCUUACACUUGCAUUGAAACACUAUAUAAUUUGUUUGUUUUUUAGCUUACUGACCUAAUAGCAUUCUACUAACUUGUUAUAGGGUCCUUAAUCUUUGUUUGGUUGAGUGAUUUGUGAAGAUAUCAACUUAACUUGAAGAUAGUUAUUGUCAAUACAUGACAAAAGCUAUCUUUAGAUCGCUAUACUAUUAUGAUCAGCUUAUAUGUGCUUCUUUAUCAAACUGAUCAUUAUUACAUGUACAGUUUUUCCUGUAUUUUGGUGACCACUGAGUUAAAGUAAUACACUCAUUCAGCUUAAUCUGAGCAGUCGGCAUAAUUUUUAGCUUGUAUUAUAAAGCUACUUACUGAGUUCAGUACGUAUUUUUUAAUUAUCGAUUUUUGUAUUAUUAUUUCAUUAUUUGUUGAUGAGAUCUAUUUCUGUUGACGCCUAGAUCAGUUAAUUAACUUUUACUUUUUACACGCUCGUUUCUUUUUCUACAAAUUUUCUUACAAAAAUUGUCUGUUCAAGCUCUUCACAUGAUAGAAAACGAUAUCGUACGAUUCUAUCAUUCUAUUGAUAGUCUAUGAUUCAUUAUGGAUCAGUUUUGAUAUGUUUAAGUUUUUAAUUUGUUAACGUAUAACGGAAACAGUGGUAUUACUAGUCAUCUAUUCUACAGUUAUAAAAAUAGACUCUCUCCCUCUUUCUCUCUCUGGCACAUAUUUCCACACGAAAUAAUUUGAGUUGAUAUGUGAAGAUUAGAUUGGAAAUCCUUAUUGACUAUGUCGUAGAAUAUCUAGUUCGUUUUUUGAAUCCAUUAAGACAAUGAUCGUAAUCUUGAAUGUCUGACAUUCCAAUUAUUAUCUGAGAAACAUUUUUUCAAAGUUUCUUUACUCUAAUGAUUUUAAUCAAAGUUUGUUAAACAAUGUUUUCGCCAUUUACAUUUAUUUAGACUGAGUUCGUUCUCAAACUUUUGGAUUACGAUCCGGUCAAACGUCCUGACGCUCCUGCAAUCUUAGAAAGUGCACUUAUUAAACAAUCUGUUUCAUAGCAGCAAUGAUGGGGUAUUCAUUUUUUUCAGUACUCAAAGUACAAAGUUAUCAGAUUUCUGUUGUUACAUCUUAAUAUAUUUGUUUAUAUUUUAAUUUGAUAACCUCUCCUGUGAUCUGUAAAAUAAAUGUGUUUUUUAUAUAA